CCAAUAUCAUGUUACAAAAACCAGACAUUGGGCCAUAGCAUGCCACAAUCCAUCAGACUCGAGCUUUGAGCCAUGACGUACUAUAAUGACCGUCUUGACAAGCCUUUUAGAACGCUAUUCGUAGGAUAUAAAAAAUUAAAACUUGAGGACUGAAAUGGAAUAUGAUGUAAAUAGAAGGGGGUAAAAUGCAAUUACAAAAGACAGAUCCUACUGUCAUGAACUGGUAUUCAAAUUAUCCGCCGUUGGAUUAGGUUAUCCGAUACGAGUAUGACUAGGAAAGCAGAUUCUAGAAAAAGUGAAACUAAUCCAAUAAAGAAAAUGAGGACCCCACAAAUUUCAUCGAUCUCAAUUUCCAACCCACUUUUUUCUCUUACACGUAAUAAAGAAGGCGUAUCCCCAUUGCUCGCUUUUUAAAAAUCAAUCCAAAAACCCCUCUUCAAUACUGCAUCUCAAAAAACCCAUUUUUCUACAAUCAAAUUGGAUUCAAGAACUGCUGGAGAUCAAGUAUGGCCAAGAUCAUGAGUAAUCAUUAUAAGUUUUCUGCCUGUAAUCAUGGUUUUGCUCGCAAUAAAUCGGAUAACUUGUCCCCUGUUAUGAUAAAGAUGCCGGCGGCUUCUUCAAAUCUGAGAAAAUCGUCGACUGUGUCAUCCGCCGCUGGCGAUUUCUUUGGCCGGCGGGUGGAUUUAGGAGGUAAACGAAGAAGGGUUCGUACCCAAGUUGCUGCUGCUUCUAAUGCUAUGAUGAGUAUUAGCAUUGGGAAAUCUUUAAAAUGGUGGGAGAAAGGACUUCAACCAAACAUGAAGGAGAUAACUGGUGCAGAAGAUCUUGUGGAAUCCCUCUUGAGAGCUGGUGAUAAACUGGUGGUUGUUGAUUUCUUUUCACCUGGUUGUGGAGGCUGCAAGGCUCUUCACCCCAAGAUAUGUCAGUUAGCUGAGAUGAAUCCAGAUGUCCAGUUUCUGCAAGUGAACUAUGAAGAUCACAAAUCCAUGUGUUAUAGUCUCAACGUUCAUGUUCUUCCGUUCUUUCGUUUCUAUCGGGGGGCUGAUGGUCGUGUUUGUAGCUUUAGCUGUACAAAUGCUACGAUCAAGAAAUUUAAAGAUGCAUUAGCGAAAUACAAGCCUAGUGGAUGCAGUUUAGGUCCUACAAAAGGGCUGGAUGAGAAAGAUCUCGUGGAGCUGGGGGCCAACCGGGACCUUUCUUUUACUUACACUCCAAAAUCAGACCACCCACAAACGGAGAUCGUACGGCCGCCAUCUCCGCCAGCGCCAUCGCCAUUGCCAUCGCCAUCGCCAGUAGCUGGUGGUUUAUCAGAACUCCCUCUCCCUCGUCCCCUAAAGUCCACAUCAGAAACGAAAGAGGAUAGUAAAGAUAAAACCUUGGUAUCUUCUGGGAGAUGAGAUGUGUUUCGAACAUCCAGAACAGUCAUGUUCACACUGUUUUUGUGUAAGUAUACCACUCUGGAACCAACUCUACUGAGCCCUGUGGGGCCAAACGUUAGCGCCUGUACAGGGUACCUUUGUACUAUGUUGUGUAUGUUUUUGUUGUGUAAAUAGUACAAAAGUUGAGCCCGAAUCGAGUCUGCUAAUCAGACGGACGAAUGUGUGCCCGUUUUCUUGCAUCUUAGAAGCCUUAAUUUGUGUCUAAAUGUGUAUAUGAAAGAAGGUGAGCUUGAUUCACUUGUAAACAAGGUUUCAAUGGAAGUUAUGAGUUGAAAUCUUUGGCAUUUA